UAUUAUAAAUGGGAACUAACUGUUAAACACGAGCAAUUAUUAAUCCUACAGUAAAUUCUAUUUCAGAUUUAAAGCAUUAAAUAAGCUUUAGCUGUGAACACUUACUCAUUUUUAAUAUGAAGACAGUCCUUUUAUUUGUAUGCCUUCUGGGCUCAACCUGUGCCGCUCCUAUUAAGGUCUUCACCCCACACUCUGUAUCCUUGCAAAGUUUAUCUUUAACUCCUGGAUCUCAGCAAUCCCCUUUUCAGUCAUCCAAUGCACAAUGGCCUGCAAGAAGAUUCCUUGUUACACCUUUUUCAACCAGCUGGAAUUCAAGGAGAUGGAAAAAUGAACAAAAAUCCAUUCUACCUAAUUCACCAGCGCAGCCUGCAGCUUUAAAGACUCACAGACAACUGCCUUUUGUUUUUGUGCUCCCUUCUCAACCUUCUGCCACUGGAUUGGCAACUACGAUGUUUAAAUUAUCUACUUCUGGCUCUUUCUCUAAACCUGCUGCUUUCAGGAUUUCUCCAAUAAACGUAUUGUCACCAUUCAAACCAGCAGUCAACAGUAAGAAUCCUCCUCCACAUUUUAUGGUUCCUUCGCAAAGUUUUCCACCCUCAGCUUUUGCAAGUCCUUCAGGAAAAAUGUUACCUCCGUCUAAUGUUCCUCCUGAAGUAUUUUAUAAAUCUUCCCGGCCUGUGGAAUCAACCAUCAUAGACUCAAAUAUCAAAACUGAAUCUAUGGCCACACCACCAUUAUCUGCUUCAUCCCCUCCUUCAGAUAGUCCAAUAAUCAUAAUAAUUCCUACACUAUAUCAAGGAGAACCAGAACCAACAAUUAGCCCUCCUGAAACAACAGUGACUCCACAGACAAGCAACACUCCAAUGACAACUAAACGUCCCAAAACAACUAAACGUCCCAAAAUAACUAAAUCACCCAAAACAACCAAGGCACCAGUGACAGCUAAGAUUCCCAAAAAACCAAAGCCUCCCAAAGGAAACUAAACCUCCCAAAACAACAAAGGCUCCAAGGAAGAUCCCCAGCGAUGACCAAACGUUCAAAGAAAACAAAGGUACCAGCAGCAACAAAGGUUCUGAAAACAGCUAAACCUCCCAAAACAAAAAAGGCAUGAAAAACUAUCAGCACCUAAAAAACAACAAAGGCUCCUAAGAAAGGCAUCCCAAGUUUCUAUCAUUACA